ACGAAACCUUUUCAUUUUUACAAAACACCCGUUCUUUCACAUAAACACCCGAAGAGCGUGUUUUUAACAUGCAUUUAAAUAGACGUCAAUUAAAGAACCUCCAUAACUAUCAAUAUAUCGGCGUUGAUAAUUCUUUAUUGUCUCGGCAUGUGUUGAAGCCAUACUGGUGGAGCCAGUUGCUCAAAAUAAUUCCAUUGUCCAUGGCUCCGAAUUUGAUUACCUUGACGGGAUUGGGUUUUGUUGCCGUGAAUGUCAUAACCAUGCUCGUAUACAAAUAUGGAUACGGAUUGGACGCGUUUCCUGGCUGGGUGUACGCCUCUUGGGCUAUUGGUCUAUUUUUAUACCAAAGUUUUGAUGCCAUUGAUGGUUCUCAGGCACGCCGUACCAAUAGUUCCUCUCCACUUGGCCAACUGUUUGAUCAUGGUGUCGAUGCCAUCAACACGAGCUUGGAAGUUUGGUUAACCACAGAAUUACUUCAACUAAAUCUUCCAAUGUCCAUCCUUACUCAGUGUGCUAGUCUGUUUUAUUUUUAUACUUCUACUUGGGAAGAAUAUCACACGGGCAUCCUGUAUUUGUCUUACGUAUCUGGUCCAGUCGAAGGAAUUUUGUUGGUUUGUGGAUUGUAUGCUAUUACUGCCUAUACUGGUGAUGGUUUUUGGACAAGGCUUCGUCCUACCCCAGAGUCUCUUGGUUUCCUUCGUUCUUUAGCUCCUUACUAUACGUAUGGCUCUUGUCUUUUUAAGCUUUUAGGCGUUGGUCUUUUUUCGAAUGUUUUUCAGAGCAUUUGGAAUGCAUUGCGUGCUUUGAAAAAACAACAGAAGUGCGCUUGCAAGGCCUUGCUUGGACUUUCUCCUUAUCUUGUACAAUGGACUGCCGUCUUUUUGCUUUAUGUGAAAUACCCCUACUUUUUUGAAGAGCAAUUUGUCACUAUUUAUUUAUUAAACGCGAUCAUCUUUGCCUAUUCUGUCGGUGUCAUUAUUGUCUCUCAUGUCACAGAAUCAUCCUUCCCUUACUGGAAUGUUUUGAUUCUUCCUUUUGUGGUAAAUGCCUUGGACGCCUAUACGUUCGGAAUUUUAAAAAACUAUCAAAAGGAAUACAUAUUUGCGUACUUCGGUUUUGGACUAGGUAUCUAUGGCAACUUUGUUGCCCAUAUUGUAUCAUCUAUCACGGAGGAGUAUGGGAUUUAUUGCUUACGACUUCGUCCUAAGCCAGAAGAAAAGAAAAAAUAAUGUAUCCUUUAUAAUUCCCCUAAGCUGGAAUUUUUUAUUUCGGCUAUUUUACCUUUAUUUUUUUCUCGUUCGUUGUAGGUGACUUACCAACGUAAAAAGAUUUAUAAUAAC